CUCUCAUCUCAUCUGCUCCGUCCAGACGCUCCCGCCUCGUGCCCGUCGCCCGUCUCGUCUCGCCUCGCUCACGUCUCAUCGCCGCGCACAUCGUCUCGUCACUUCUCCGUCUCUGCCUCGUUACAUUUUCCCGACCGGCCCUUCUCUCGCGAGCACGCCCGCGGCUGCUCUCGCUCGUGACCUGCUGCGCGCUGCACCGCGACAUCUCGCCUCGAUUUCCAGUCACCGAGCUGCCUCUGAAGUGAAAACGGCGCUCUGCUGUCUCUGAAGCGUGGCCCAUCAUGGCGGACAAGUCGCCUCUCUCCUCGCCGCAGGCGUCUGCCUCUGCGCUCGCAUCGGGCUCGGGCGCGGCGGCCUCGUCUCUCGACCCCGCCGGCUCCAUCUCGCCGUCGAUCAUCGACGUCGACAUCUUCAGCCAGCUGCUCGAGAUGGACGACGACGAGGAGGACCGCGAGUUCUCGCGCGAGAUCGUCUGGAACUACUUUGAGCAGGCCGAGGUCACGUUUGCGAAGAUGGACGCUGCGCUUGCCAAGAAGGACCUGCCGGAGCUCUCGACGCUCGGCCACUUCCUCAAGGGCUCGUCGGCGGCCGUCGGCGUGCUCAAGGUGCGGGACAGCUGCGAGAACAUGCAGCACUACGGCAAGGCCGCCGACAAGGACGGCGUCACCGAGCUGUCGGAGGAGGAGGCGCUGAAGAAGCUCACGAGCACGCUGCGGGACGUCAAGGUCGAGUACAAGGAGGCCGAGGCCGCGCUCAAGGCCUUCUACGCCGAGCACGAGGAGGCAUUGGACGGCGAGGAGGACGACGAGGAGGCAGAGGAGCCGGAGGAGAACGAGGAAUGAAGACACAUCCAGCUGCGGCCAUAGAGACUCGCGAUGCGGCUGCCAUAUCAUGCAUGCUCCGACUGGCGACUGGGCUGCGCCGCGAGGCAUGACAAGAUCGAUGCAGUGUGGCGAGCCUGAGGCUAGCAUGUGCGAGUCAGCUCUUAUGCGUCCGAGCUGUCAGGGCAGUUGAGCG